AUGUCCUUCAGUGGUCAAAGUUCAAGUGUUGGCCAAGUUCCAGUAGCAAAAUGCCGGAGCACUGAGCCUGCAUCAAUUCCUCAUAAAUAUCAUCAAGCUGGGGACCUCAUUAUUGGCGGCGUAAUUUCUCAGACCUUCGUUAUGUCCGAAAGGAUGUCAUUCAAAUAUCAUCCCAAAAAGGAUGAUUUGAUAGAACACAUAUUAUUGUCACAGAGUUACCAACACCUCUUGGCUGUGGUUUUUACUGUAAAGGAGAUUAAUAAAAAUCCCCAGAUCUUAACCAAUAUCACACUAGGCUUCAACAUUUACAAUAACUAUUUUCUUCCAAGAUAUACUUGUAUUGCUGCUCUGGAACUCCUCUCUACACAAAACAGAUUCAUCCCUAAUUAUAAGUGUCAUAAUCUGAAUAAUCUGAUUGCUGUCAUAGGAGGACCAAGUUCUGUUGAAUUUCUUGAUAUGGCUACCAUUAUGACAGCUUACAAAUUUGUGCAGGUUGCAUAUAGUUCUGUCCCAGAGACCGGUAGCAUCACUCAAAGUCAUUUCUUUUACUGGAUGCUCCCAAAGGCCGAUCAUCAAUAUCAUGGACUUCUCCAGCUCUUUUUGCAUUUUGGCUGGACCUGGAUUGGGAUGUUGUAUUUUAAUAUCAGCAACAUAGCUGGGAACUUGCUGAGGAACGUCAUUCCCAUGUUUUCCAGAAGUGGGAUCUGUUUUGAAUUUGUAGAAAAAAUACCAGGUGGAUUUCUCAGUGAGGAUGAGAAGACAGUGCGUACAUCAUACAACAUUUUAAGUAUUGUUUUUAAGAGUACAGCUAAAAUAGUGAUGUUUCUGGGGGGAUUUCAGAGUAUGCUAAAUUUAAGGGCUUUGCUCAAACUGUCAGAAUAUAAUGAUAUGCCAUAUAACCCCAAGGUUUGGUUUAUGACAGCGGAGGUAGACUUCUCAUCCCUUCCUUUCCAACGAUAUUGGGAUCUUAAUUUCAUCCAUGGCUCUAUAACGCUUGCAGUACAUUCAAAACAAGUGUCAGCUUUCCAGAAAUUUGUUCAGACGAGAAGCCCGGUUUUAGAUAAGGAAGAUGGAUUUCCAAUUCAGUUUUGGCAACAGAUGUUUAACUGUUUGCUUCAAGCUUCCGUCACAGAUGAAGAGGAUGACAGCAUCUGCACUGGGGAGGAGAAACUAGAGACUCUCCCUGUAUCUGUGUUCGAAACCAGCAUGACUGCCCACAGCUACAGUAUCUACAAUGCUAUCUACGCAAUUGCACAUGCUUUGAAUGCCAUGUAUUCUUUCCAAAGGCAACAAAGAAGAAUGACGAGGGAGAAUUUCCUUAGUCAGCAGUCAUGGAGGCUCCACUGCUUUCUACAAAGUAUAUCUUUUAAUAACAGUGUUGGAGAAAAAAUUUCUUUUGACCAGAAUGGUGAACUGCUGGCAGGAUUUGACAUCAUAAACUGGAUCACCUUUUCAAACCAGACCUUUCUCAGAAAGACAGUUGGAAAGAUAGACCCAUCAGCAACCACUGACAAAUGUUUGAUUAUUGAUGAACAUGAGGUGGUUUGGCCCAGCUGGUUUAAUCAGGAACGGCCUCGUUCACUCUGUAAUGAAAAAUGCCAUCCAGGUUACAGAAAGACCAAAAUUGAAGGACGGUCAUUUUGCUGCUAUGAUUGCAUUCUAUGUCCAAAGGGGAAGAUUUCAGUCCAGACAGAUAUGGAUGAUUGCCUCCAGUGCCCAGAAGAUCAGUAUCCAAACAAGGACCAGGAUUUAUGCGUGCCAAAGCAUGUAACUUACCUAUCCUUCAAAGACUUAUUGGGGGCCAGCUUAGCUACAUCAGCUCUUGUGCUUUCUUUUAUCACAACACUGGUGCUAGGAAUCUUCUUGAAGUACCACAACACUCCCAUCAUCAAAGCCAACAACCGCAGCCUUUCCUUCACCCUCCUCAUUUCCCUCCUCCUCUCCUUCCUUUGUUCUCUGCUUUUCAUCGGUCGACCCAUGAAGGUGACCUGUCUCCUUCGACAGACUGCUUUUGGGAUCAUCUUCUCAGUGGCUGUUUCUUGCAUGUUCGCCAAAACCAUCAUUGUGGUUCUUGCUUUCAUGGCCACCAAACCAGGAUCAAGGAUGAGGUCAUGGGUUGGGAAAAGACUGGCCUUUUUCAUUGUUCUUUCCUGUUCUUUUAUUCAAAGUACCUUUUGUAGUGUAUGGCUUGGAAUUUCUCCCCCCUUCCCAGAUCCUGAUAUGUGGUCCAUAAGUAGUGAAAUAAUUAUAGAAUGUAAUGAAGGAUCUGUUGCAAUGUUUUAUUCUGUUUUAGGUUUUAUGGGUUUCCUGGCUAUAGUCAGUUUUAUUGCAGCUUUCUUAGCUAGGAAGUUACCAGACACAUUCCAGGAAACCAAAUCAAUUACUUUCAGCAUGCUGGUCUUUUGCAGUGUCUGGUUGUGCUUUGUCCCUGCGUACAUUAGCACCAAAGGUAAAUACACAACAGCUGUGGAGAUCUUUGCCAUCUUGGCCUCUAGUGCUGGGCUCCUGGCUUUUAUCUUUUUCCCCAAAUGUUACAUCAUUAUAAUUAGGCCAGAUCUUAAUAAAAGGGAGCAAUUAUCAAAAAGAAGUGUUGGCCAAGUUCCAGUAGCAAAAUGCCGGAGCACUGAGCCUGCAUCAAUUCCUCAUAAAUAUCAUCAAGUUGGGGACUUCAUUGUUGGUGGCGUAAUUUCUCAGACCUUCGUCUUAUCUGAAAGGAUGUCAUUUAAAUAUCAUCCCAAGAAGGAUGAUUUGGUAGAACACAUAUUAUUGUCACAGAGCUACCAACACAUCUUGGCUGUGGUUUUUGCUGUAAAGGAGAUUAAUAAAAAUCCCCAGAUCUUAACCAAUAUCACACUAGGCUUCAACAUUUACAAUAAUUAUUUUCUUCCAAGAUAUACUUGCAUUGCUGCUCUGGAACUCCUCUCUACACCAAAUGGAUUCAUCCCUAAUUAUAAGUGUCACAUUCAGAAGAAUCUGAUAGCAGUCAUAGGAGGACCAAGUUCUAUAGAAUUUCUUGAUAUGGCUACCAUUAUGACAGCUUACAAGUUUGUGCAGACAAUAAAUUUCAUUGAGUUGUCUUUUGGAGAAAGUUUAAAAACAAAUGUAGCUUGGAUAAUCUCAGAUGAAUUCUGGAAAGAGCAUCCAAACAUAACAAGUAAAGAAGACACGAUAUUGUGUGGCUUAUCUCUGGACACAGAGGUGACAUUCCAGUUCCAGUCUGGAGGUGAAGAGUCUACAGGAUGGGGGACAGAACAGGAAGUCAUUGUUAUAAUAACUGUGGGUGUUAUUCUGUUUCCCACUCAUGGUUUUCGAUCAGUUUUCAGUGUCCUCUUUUUUCAAAGCCAGUGGAGGCUUUCCAGCACAGAUCUCACUGACAGAUUCUAUCAGAAACCACAAUUUCUACUUUCUUUAGUUCGACAUCACAUUGGUAUAGCUUUCUAUUGCAAAAUCUUUGUAGCACUUGCAGGGACUAUCUUGAAGUCUUCCCAUACUUUAGCUCUACACUUUAGGCAAGGCAUGGGGUGGUCUUCCAUUCUGAUGAUGUGUCCCACCCACCUCAUCUGGGCUCUGAUUGUCAACAUCCAGCUUCAGGAGCCAACUAAAAGUCCUGGACCAUUAAAUUUCUGA